AUGCUGCUGGCCUUGAGUGCGACCGGUCUUCUCACUUUCAACAGCGACACUAACAACACAUCAAGGCUACUUCGGGUACCUCCGCCAAGGUUCGGUGAACCCCACACGACCAAGCGAGGAAGCGUCCAUACCACUGCAACUAAUUAUGCAGACAGCUCACUCCCAGACAUUCUAUUCAAUGUCGAGAGGGGGGGUAUUGAAAGAGAGAGAGAGAGAACGCGGCGCGGGAGAGAGUGGCGACACAUGUCUAGACAGGUCCCUGGCGCCAGACACAUUGACCUGAUUGAUGUGAUGACAGAAUUCACUCGCUGGGAAUUAUAUAAAAAGGCGGGGAAAACCGGUUCCUUCAGUCAGUCCCCUUCCGUCGCAGCGCAGCCAUCUUGGUCUCUAGCUCCUCCUCCUCUGCGGGCUCAUGAAGUUUUGUCAGAGGAAACCAAUUAUGAACAAGAAGAAACUAUUCCGAAUGCUGAUGGUUUGAGUCGUCUUCCAUGUUCCUCCAAUGUUGUUGAUCAAGAGAUAAAUGAAGUCUUGAAUGACGUGCUAUACAUUGAAUCCGAUGAGGUUAAACCAAUCACCGCUAAUAUAAUAGCAAAAGAAACAGAAAAGGAUCCACUUCUAUCUAAAGUACUAUUAUGGACUCAACGUGGUUGGCCAACUCAUAACUCAGAUAUCAACCUUACGCCUUUCAUUUCUCGUCAAAAUUCAAUUUCUCAAUGCAAACAAUGUUUACUUUGGGGAACUAGGGUGAUCAUUCCAUCCACUCUCAGGCAACAAGCUCUGAAGCUUCUACACAUGGGACAUGAGGGCAUUGUUCGAACAAAGGCGUUGGCUCGAAGCUAUUUCUGGUGGCCAAAACUUGAUCAAGACAUAGAAAACAUAGUGAAUUCUUGUCAAGCAUGUCAACAAAGUCGUCACAACCCUCCAAGAGCAACAGUUCUUCCCUGGGAGAAAACGAAACAACCCUGGUCUCGUCUCCACAUAGAUUUCGCUGGGCCCUUCCAAAACAAGUUGUUUUUGAUUGUUGUCGAUUCUUUCAGCAAAUGGUUAGAAGUAGUUUUGGUGCCUUCUACAGAUUCAAGAUCAACUAUAAAGGUCCUCAGAAGCCUUUUCGCAACACAUGGUGUUCCAGACACAAUAGUAUCUGAUAACGGGUCGGCUUUCACUUCACAAGAAUUUCGAUCGUUUAAUGAAAGCAAUGGCAUCCGCCACGUCGUGGUUGCACCAUACCAUCCGUCAUCGAAUGGUCAGGCAGAAAGGAUGGUCCAAACGACAAAAAAUUCUUUGCGACGAAUACUUCAAGGAGAUUGGCAAAAAAGAUUGGCUCAGUUCCUAAUAUCAUCUCAUAUAACGCCAAAUUGUUCUACUAAUAUGUCACCGAGUGAACUGCUGUUCGGAAGGCGUAUUAGAACCAUCUUAGACAGAGUUCACCCAGAUUAUUCUUCAAGUGACAAAGAAGAGAAAAUCUUGGAUAAAGCGCUUCACGAUUACCAACAGUCACCUCAGAGGAAAUUUAAAGAAAAUGACUCCGUAUUUGCAAGAAACUAUAAUCAGCGAGGACCAAAGUGGAUUCCUGCUAAAGUCACUAGAAUAACCGGGCCACUGAGCUACCAUUUGAUAACAAAAGAAGGCAUUGAAAUACGACGUCAUAUUGACCAAUUGAGACCUCGCUCAGAAACAUCAAAAGCAUCUACUAACUCACACUUGGAUAAUCCUGAAUCUCCAGUAAACCCACCAUUCCACCCACUACUCCAGAAUCCUAUUCAAAUGAGAACACCAGAAGCACAUCAUAUCACUCCAGUGCAACCACCAUCAAUGGUUCGCAAUCCUAUUAUGAUGAGAACACCAGACGUACAACCAAUGCGACCAUCAGUGAUGCAACAAUCUCGCAAUUCCUUUAGUGGUAUAGAAGGUUCAAUUAACCCUCAUCAAGAAGAUGCUGGUUUAAUUCAAGACUCCACUAGCAUGAGCACGAGUCCACAACCUGUUCGGUCACGUGUCUCUAGAUCAAACUCCCAAAACACUUCAAUGAGCAUGAGUCCUCGACCUGUUCGUAUCCGUCGACCACCGGCAUAUCUGAAGGACUACCUAACGGGAGGAGGAGUGUUAUGUAUCAAGAAAUAA